AUGACACUGAACGACUCUAGAGCGUACGGGGUUCCACUGCUUUACCGAAAGUCUCUCAAACCCUCCGGUGAUGCCUUUGCUGUUUCCUACGAUUUGCCCGUUUCGGGCCAGUGCCUCGAUCGCUACGGUGGUAAGGUAUGCGUAGGCUCCGACGCCGGUUUUGUGAUCAUGACGCCGUUUGAGGACUCCACGGAGUUGUCCCGCUCGUUGCCGACCUCGUUCCAGCAGAAGCAUGUCUACCAAAUUACGGCGUACCCAUCCGAAAAGUCGCUCCACAAGGUUCGCUUCAACGGCCGGUUUCUUGUCUACGCGGCUCUGGACAUGACAGUGGGGGUCUUUGACCACGUUAAUGGCCAAACUAUUGAUCUCGAUAUCACCCAGACCUUUGCAAACGACUUGUGCUUGAAUGAAGACGGCUUGGUGGCUGUGGUGGGCGACGACCAUCGCUUAAUUGUUACAGACAUCAUCACCCGCAAACGGUACGUCCAAAGAUUGCAGCACCGGCCGACAGUGGUCAAGUUCCAUCCGCAAAACUCCGAACAGGUUGUGGUUGUCGAAGGCGGCUGCAUUGUGCGGAUUCUCAACUGGCAGACCGGAAAGGUCGUCUACACCAUCUACGCCUCUGAUCACAUUCACGACGUGUUUGUAAAGUCAGAUGUCGUGUUUGUUGUGACUAGCAACUCCAUCCAGCACUUUAAUUUGAAGAACCUCCAGGGUGGGUUGGGCGAGACUUAUCCCAACGUUGAAACGAUUAUCAGCUCGACCAGGGACUCGGCAAGGUAUUUGCGUCCUACCGGCAACCAGUUGUGCGGGGUCUUGGGCGUCGAAAGCGUCAGCGUUUAUGAUAUCCAGAAGUUGCAGAAAAUGGUCCAAGUGGAUGUCAGCUUACCGAGCAACGAGAUCAAUGACUGUGUGGUCAGCGACCUGGAACGGUUGGUCUUUGCCUUGUGUGCUAAAAAGUUGGUGUUGAUCGAUAUUAAUAACUAG